AUGACGCAAGCAGUCAGCACUCAAUGGAACUCAUGCUUAGACAUGCUGGAGCGUUUUCUUAAGCUGUCUGCACUUGUCGCUAAAAUAUUAGCCACAAAAAGUCAAUCUAACAAACAUACUCCUGACAUGGUUGCAUAUUCGCAGCUUCAUAUACUAAAAGACCUUAUUGCACUUCUCCGUCCUUCCAAAGAAGCUACUGAAGAGGUAAGCGGGGAGAAGUAUGUAACUGCCAGUUUAGCGAUUUCCAUCUGGAGUUUAGUGCGUCAAGUAACAGAUCAGUCAACUCCAUCAACCGCUCUAGGGAAAACUGUAAGAAAAGCAUUACUGGAGAAAAUUGAUGAAAAACUCGUGCCCUUUGAAAAAAACCUCUUUCUCUUAGCUGCAAUAAUAUUGGACCCUCGGUUUAAGUGUCUGCAUUUUACGUCUCCAAUAGCUGUUUCAAAUUCAAUAACAAAAAUCAGCAAUAACAUUAGAUCAGAGCACCGGGGAAGAGGCCAGCGUUCCCCAGACCCACGACCAGUUCAAGCUACACCAGAAACUGGUAAGUUAUCUAUUUGGUGUAGGCAUGAGAAAUUGAUGAACCUCAGCAUGAAUAAAGCAGAAAUACCAAGCUCUGAUUCUGUCCCUAAUGAGCUGCAGCAAUAUUCGGACCAACCACAUCUGGACAGAAAAUCAGACCCAAUACAGUUUUGGGUAAAUUGUCGACAUUUCUCCCCGGUUUUAUCUGAAAUCGCUUUAAAAUAUUUGAUAUGUCCAGCAUCCUCAGUAUCUUCCGAAAGACUUGCUUCGGCUGUUAAUUUGGCUGUGCCCGACAACAGAAUUAGAUUAACCGGGGAGUAUAUUGAAAAAAGAGUACUGCUAAUGUCUAUCUCUGAUGAAUACUGGUUUGAUUAA